GAGCGGCUCCGAGCCAUCAUGUCCCACCUGCACUCCCGCGGCCUGCUACAGCGCUGUCGCCUGCUGUCCUGCCGACCCGCCACCGACCCUGAGCUGCUGUCCGUUCACAGCCCUGAACUGGUGGCGGCUCAGCAGCAGCAGUGCCGGUCGCUGUGUGCUGACACGCUGUACAACGCGCACACGUGCACCGCGGCCCUGCUGGCGGCUGGUGCUGCUGCAGACAUCGGAUCGGCACUGGCCAGGGGGGAGGUGCGAGCCGCCAUGGCGGUCAUGAGGCCCCCUGGAGCACAGGCCGGUUAUGACGUGGCGCGAGGGGGCUGCUACCUGAAUAAUGUGGCUGUGGCAGCCGCCGCGGCUCUGUCCGCCGGCUUGCAGCGAGUCAUGAUUGUGGACUGGGACGUGCACCACGGGCGAGGCACAGAGGAGAUCUUUGCAAGUGACCCACGGGUCAUGGUAGUGUCCAUGCACCGAUACGACAGCGAGACCUACCCGGGUUCCGGAGCCGUUGAGGACGUGGGCGAGGGCGCAGCCGAGGGCACCACCCUCAAUGUGGCGUUUGGUCGCGGCAGCCAGGGUGCCGGCGGUCUGGUGGACGGCGAUUUGCUGUCCGCCGUACUACAUGUCGUGCUGCCGGUGGCCUACCAGUUCAGGCCGCAGCUGGUGCUGGUGGCGGCGGGUUUCGGAGCGCUCAAGGGUGACCCGAUUGGCGGCUGCAGCUGCACUCCCGCUGUGUUCGCCCACCUGACCCACUUGCUGUCCGGGGUGAGCCCUCGCGGGGCCCUGGGUCUGCUGCUGGAGGGGGGUUACAACCUGGCCGCCACCUCGGAGGCGGUGGAGGGGUGCGUGCGGGUGCUGCUGGGGGAG